CUAAACAAACUUUUUCUUUAGAUCUUUAAAACAAAACAAGAAAAACAUAAACUAAAUCUUUACUCUUCUCCGUGAUAUUUUCAUUCUAUAUUCUCCAUAAACUCCUCCAAGAAAAAAAAAAUGUCCAAUUACCAUGUUGCUGUUGUAGCAUUCCCUUUUGCAACACAUGCUGGACUUUUAUUUGGACUUGUCCAAAGGCUAGCAAAUUCUUUACCAAAUGUGACAUUCACAUUUUUUAGCACUAACAAAUCAAAUUCUUCCAUUUUCACUACUCCUACCGCACAAAAAAAUCAUCAUAAUAAUAACAUUAAGCCCUAUGACAUUUCUGAUGGUAUUCCAGAGGGUUACGUGCUCGGAGGUAUCGAAGAGAUUAUAGGAUUAUUUUUCAAAUCGGCGAAGAAAAAUCUACAAAAUGCUAUAGUUGCUGCUGAGAAUGAGUCAGGGAAAAAAAUUACGUGUGUUAUGGCUGACGCGUUUAUGUGGUUUUCCGGUGAGAUGGCUGAAGAAUUAAAUGUUAGUUGGAUUCCGGUAUGGACUUCUGCGGCUGGGUCACUCUCCGUCCAUGUAGAUACCGAUCUAAUUAGAGAAAAUGUUGGGAUACAAGGAAUUGAUGGACGUGAAGAUGAAAUUUUGAAAUUUAUUCCAGGAUUUUCUGAAUUAAGACUUGGUGAUUUGCCGGGAGGAGUUGUCUCGGGAGACCUAAAAUCGCCAUUUUUAAUGAUGCUUCACAAAAUGGGGAAAACCAUAGGAAAAGGUACAGCCAUACCAAUAAAUUCAUUUGAAGAAUUAGAUCCUUCAAUUGUCCAAUAUCUCAAGUCAAAAUUCAACAAUUUCCUUAAUGUUGGCCCUUUUAAUUUAACUUCACCACCACCCUUAGCAAAUAGUAUAGACAAAAAUGAUUGCAUUGAGUGGCUAGAUAAUCAAGAACCAAACUCUGUGGCAUAUAUUGGAUUUGGCACUGUUGCAACACCACCACCUAAUGAGUUAAAAGCUAUGGCUCAAGCACUUGAAGAAAGAAAAAUUCCAUUUCUUUGGUCAAUUAAAGAGAAUUUUAUGUCACAUUUCCCAGAAGGGUUCAUGGAAAACACAAGAGAUUAUGGUAAAAUUGUGCCAUGGGCACCACAAGUACAAGUUCUUGGACAUAGUUCAAUUGGAGUUUUUAUAAAUCACUCUGGAUGGAAUUCGGUUCUGGAGAGCAUAGCUUCUGGUGUGCCUAUAAUUUGUAGGCCAUUUUUUGGAGAUCAUCAUUUGAAUUCUUGGAUGGUUGAGAAAGUUUGGAAAAUUGGAGUGAAAAUUGAAGGUGGGGUUUUUACAAAAAGUGGUACAAUUGAAGCACUUGACUUGGUUUUGUCAAAAAAAAGAGAAGAAUUGAAAGAACAAAUUGGAAUGUACAAAGAACUUGCUCUAAAGGCUGUUGGACCAAGUGGGAGCUCAACUCGAAAUUUCAACAAAUUGGUUGAGAUUAUCACCUCUUGUUAGUGAAAUUAUGAUCUUCUUGAAAGGAUUUUCCAAUGAUUUAUACUAUGUGCUAUUGUAAUGAAUUAAUUUCAUUUCUAUAUGUGUAUCAUUAGUUGAGCCGAGGGUCUUUCGGAAACAGCCGUCCUACAUUGGUAGGAGUCAGGUCUGCGUACACUCUACCCUCCCCAGACCCCACGAUGUGGGAUUUCACUGGGUUGUUGUUGUUGUUGUUGAUGUGUAUCAUUAGUUACUUGAAUUGAUCAUCAAUGCUUGUCCAUGUAACAUUAAUCAAAUUGAAACUCGGAACUUUCUGAUCGAUCAACAACAACUCUUAUCAUUGUGUCGAUAUAAUA